AAAAUUUUGUGUUUUUAUUUCUUUUCUCUAUUCUUGAGGGUUCACACUUACCCUUCACACCAACUCCGUAUAAAGUUUUCAUCUCCAUUUUUUUCCCUUUUCCCCUUUCGAUCCAUCUUUGGCCGUGCAAAUCUAUCUUUCUAGUUUGUGGCUUUUCUGGAUUACGCGUUUGGAAGUUAUGGAGGGGAACCGUCCUCCUCAUCCUCAGCAGCAUCAUCGUCAUCAUCUUCUUCCUCAGCAGCAGCAGCAACCGCACAUCAGUGUCAACGUGGAUGCGGGAGAUAGGUUUCCGCAAUGGAGUAUUCUGGAAACCAAGGAGUUCUUGAUGAUCAGAGCAGAGCUGGAUCGAGCCUUCAUGGAGACGAAGCGGAACAAGCUUCUAUGGGAGGUCAUCUCUAACAAGAUGAAGGAAAAGGGUUACAAUCGCAGCGCUGAACAGUGCAAGUGUAAAUGGAAAAACCUCGUUACAAGAUACAAGGGAUGUGAAACGGUGGAACCGGAAGCUAUGCGUCAACAAUUUCCGUUUUAUAAUGAGAUUCAAGCUAUUUUUGCUGCGAGGAUGCAGAGAAUGUUGUGGACUGAGGCUGAAGGAGGAGCGACCGGGUCGAAAAAGAAGGGGGUGCAGGUAUCGUCAGAUGAAGAAGAUGAUAACGAGGAAAGUGAAGGAGAUAAGGGUGGUGUUAGAAAGAAGAAAAAAGGGAAAACUAGUGCAAGUACUGCGACUAGUACAGGUAGUGGGAGUGGUAAUAAUUUGAGGGAAAUUUUGGAGGAUUUUGUAAGGCAACAGAUGGAGAUGGAGAAACAAUGGUGGGAAGCAUUCGAGGCAAGGGAAAACGAGAGGAGGAUAAAGGAGAUGGAGUGGAGACAGACGAUGGAAGCGCUCGAGAACGAGAGGUUAAUGAUGGAUAGAAGGUGGAGAGAAAGGGAAGAGCAAAGGAGGAUGAGGGAAGAAGCUAGGUCUGAGAAAAGGGAUGCUCUUAUUACAGCACUACUAAACAAACUUACAAGAGAAGGUCACCAUAUGUAAUCCUCUCAGCUAGCUCUCUUGUUGUUUGUAUUUCGUCUUGUUUUCGAGAAGCAGAAGCUUUUUUUUGAGAGGUUCGUUCUGUAACUCUCAUUUCUAGCUAAUUAAUUAGAUGCCUUCAUUUCCCUUAUUGUCACGAAUUAGCUCUCUAAAGCCAAGUUGAGAGCUUCUGUUUUCUCGUUUUAAUAUUUCAUAAUGCAGUUCAUCAUUGAGAAAGAUGACCCCUUGAAUCAAAAAUCAUGAUGUGU